CGUUUUACAUUCAAUUAUAAAUUUCAUAACCUUACAUUUUGCUCUGCAUUUCGCUUCAUUGUUCUUCACCACCAUCAUUACAUUUCGUGCUUGAUUUACAGCGGUAUUCACGAUUUUUAUCGCGAUAUUUGCUUUUUUCAAUGGAUUACAUACAUGGCUCAAUGAAACAAUGAAUGCCUUACAAUAUCUAUGACUACUGAUCAAUCAACUCCAAUCACAAUUAAGAAACAUCACAGGGAUCUUCAGUAUCACUAACCACUCUUAAAACGUUCAACUACUCUACAUUUAUGCAGGCAGACAAAUGCAGGUACAUGUUACAGAACAAUGGCUGAAUGGUUUGAGGAACUCAAUUCCAAUGAUCCAGGAAUUGUUGAAGAGGCAAAACAAAGGUUCAGUGAACAAUUUAGUGCAGUAAAAGAGCCAUGGCUUGUCAAUGGACUUUAUGAUCAUUAUAUGAAAACAAAUUCAGUCAGAGUUCUGGAAAUAUUGAUAAAUGUGCCAGAAUCACAUCAUGACUAUCUUUUUAAUAAAUUACAUGAUUCACUUGUUAGGGGUGCUACUAAUAGUAAGUUUCAAGCAUUAAAUCUGCUCGGCCAUGUCGUCCGAAAGCAUCCAACGUGGCUGUUUAAGAUUACUGAGAAGGCGUUAUUUAGGGAGUUGUUAAAGCUAUUGAAGACUGAAAAUGAUAUUUUACUAUUACUGAGCGCGUUGCUAUUGCUGAUCGUUCUGUUGCCAUGUAUACCGUCACAGAUGGGGCCACACUUGCAGGAUGUUUUUGACAUUUUUAGUCGUUUGGCAGCGUUCAACAGCUCUAUUCCUGAAAAGAUGAAUGAAGAACAAUUGGUACAUAUGCAAGUUGGUUUGUACGCUCUAUUGCAGCGACUUUAUGGCAUGUAUCCAUGUAACUUUCUCGCUUACUUAAGAAGUUAUUACAAGAACAAGGAGGCGUCAAAUAUUUUCAAACACACCAUCAAACCAAUGCUGCAAACCGUGCAAAUGCAUCCAUUAUUAGUGACGAGUACAAAAGAUUACGAGCUUUCGACAGAACGCUGGAAAGAAAUGACCGCGCAUGAUGUCGUCGUCGAGUGCGAACAGUACUCGAUCGGGUUGAAAGAUCGUUUCGCUCAUGAUGCCUGCUGGGCUGGUGGUGGAUCUUCUUUUCGUUCACGUUCUGGAACUACAAACUCAGCUUCUCUUGAGUCUUAUAGUUUGUUGAAGAACAUGCAAUGUAAUGUUGAGAAUGAGACGUUCAGCCCUUCGCUGAUGUUGAACUAUAUUCAAACACCUCCUGCGAUGGGCAAUGAAACGCCAACGUCAGCCAUUCCAGUGGCGCAAUUUAUUCACCAACAUCAGGGAGCUGGACAGAGCUUAUUAGCAUCAUCAACGCAUCAAUCACAAGAGGGGACUUCACCUCCCGAAGCAGCAAUUGAAGCAACACCCGAAACCACGCCGAUAAAGGAUAUGCGGCUACUGAUGUCGACGCGCCAUCAGCAGCAGAGCAUGGCACAGGUGAAUGUUGCCCGUGCUCUGAACAAUUUCGGUCCACGCAAUCGGUCCGCGGGUGUUGGGUCACCGACAACGACGCCAACACAUUCACAGCCCUCUUCGCCGAUGCGCCUAGGCAAUAAGGAACCGCUGAGUGCAUUCAAUUUCGCGCCAGCGACGGCGUACACCACCGACCAUUUUCAUCAACUGCAUCGCUCCGCUUUCAAUCAACCGAUUAACAACAAACGCGACUCAUUAGCUAACCAAAAGUUGGCGAAGAUCAUGCAAGACCGUUCGCAAAUUAACGAUGGAACAUCAGCACCAAUCACGCAAAUACCACCACCAUCGCCGCUUCGUCUGAUCCCAUCUGAACCAAUUAGCACCCAAACGAAACGAACGGAAUCGCCGCUAAGUCAGGAAGACGAAGAAGUUCAAGCCAUUAUUGUGAAGAAGAAUCAAAGCACCAAACCACAUGCGCCGCUGCGACAAUGUGACAGCGUUCUACAGGAUCAUGAACAUAAUCCUGACUGUGAGCAAGGAUCCCCAUGCACAUCUGGUGGGUUACACAUGCCGAACUCCAGGCAAAUGACCGCUUUUAAGAAUAACAUGAAGCGGUUGAGGCAUCAUAGUCAGUGCGGACAAGAAGCGGACCCGAUUAAUGAUUCAACUGGAAGCAGUCCUGGCAGCAAGGAAAUAGUUAUAACAAAUGUGACGGUUCGCCGCGCCAAUUCCUGUCCCGACAUGAAAAAGAACACGUCAACCGCAACAGCCAAAGAUGGUGUCGCAAAAACGUUAGAAGAGAAGGACGAAGAGGCUCCUGAAAUAAAUGGCUUCGAGCAGCAGGACGCUAAGAAAAAGAUAUGCACCACCAAUGUCCUCACACAGACCGAACUGCCCUAUGAAUAUUUGUUUCUUAGCAUUUUUCCGGCGUACGAGUCGAAUGACAUUAAGCCAUCGCCGGCCCCAAGUCCAGCGCCAUUUUUUCAAGUUGAAAAGUUUAAUUAUGCGUCAACCUAUGACGUUCUUGAUAAAUAUAUCGACUGUGCGUUUCAGUAUCAAGCCGAUGGUAGAGAUACGGUGAAGUCACUGAAAGAGCAGUUACAGUUGGUGCAACAGCAGUUGAUGUUUGAAAGGGCACGGCGCGAAACGCACGCAACUAAAAAUCGCACACUCUUCACGGACGUAACUAAAAUUAAGGUACUGGAGGAACACAAUUCCGCGUUAACUGAUCUCGUCAAGCUGCUCGAGCAUGACAACUUCAACCUGAAGCAAAAGAUUGAUAAGGACAAUCAGGACAAGCAUUCUAGGAUACAAGUUCAGAUCGAUAAGGUAAAUUACUGGGAAAGUAAGUAUAAAUCGCUUACGAACGACUUCAUUGCUGCGAGCGAGCGCAUCGAAGACUUAAAAGAGCAGCUUAAUAUUGAAAGGAGCAAGCUGCACGACAUCAACACUAAAUGGCAGAAGUCCGAGUCUACUUUACUCAAUGCUGAAGCGGAAGCGAAGGUUUAUCGGGAACAGGUAUUAGCUGGCGAACGUGGUCGCGUUGAACUGGAACGUGUUAAUCGUGAACUACUGCUUGCUGGCGAAACGAUCAUCAAAUAUCGUGAGAGAUUCGCGGAGUUAUCGGCGAGAAAUGUUAGUGAUUUCGAACGCACUCAAUACACCGAGAUUUAUCAGCAUGAGCUGAAGUCUUUGCGUAAUCAACUGGAAUUGAAGGCGACUACUUUGGAGGCCUAUCGCGUGCGAAUCGCGGACCUGGAUGCCGCAAUGCAGCAACACGAGAAGCUCAUACGCGCCCAUAAGAAGCUGCUCAACGAUACGAAAGAAGAAUGCAACGAAAAAUUUAAAGCCAUCGAGAGUAAGUAUCAGUCGCAGUUGAGCAUUAAUCGGGCGCUCGAAGGGAAGAUUUUGGAGAUGUACCAGCAAGAAAUUACGAGUCGGCAAGGACUGCACUCGCCGGACACGAGUAGUUGCCAUGAAGUAAAUGCUUCGACGGAGCGCACUACUGGCCUGAGUCCACAUUCAUCUCCUUUGUCCGCCUCAUUAACUUCUUCUGAGGGAAGCAUGGCUUUCAUGCAUAGUGAUAUGAAGAACUUACAGGCAAUAGUAGACCAAAAAGAGCCGAACGCAAUGAAAUCAAGUGCAACCGAAAAUGAUCUGAGCAUGGAGGCGUGCUUGAACAGUUCGCCGGCGACCCAGAUGGCAUCGACCAGCAAACACACCGACUGAUUUUUCAAACUUCAACACAAUACAACAAACCCUAGGCGUAUAAGUCACUUUUUUAAUUAUAAGAUUUCAAUAAUGAUUCAAGAAUGAAAUCACUCAAAUUUCUGACAAUGACCGACGUGCCAAGCAACUAUGUUCAGUUUUCAUUCGGGGCUGUGUUUUCUCAAGGCACUAAUUGUUUUCUUUUUUGUUUGUUGAAAUUUUAUAUAAAAAUGCUUCAGAAAUGCGAUGUAAACUGAACAAAGCUGCGGUGGUCGGGCCAAAAUUCGCCGCUAUAUUUUACCAGGUUGUUCAUAUUAGAUAACACGAAUUUUCAUUCAUCUUUUAAGCGAAAAUCUAAAUAAUUUAAUGAAAUUUAGCUAUUUGGCUUCCAGACAUAGCUUUCUAUUAUAUAUGAAUUGGGCAUAAAUGGCGUAUAAGGAUCCUGAAAUCUCUUAUGGAGUCUGUUCCGGGCACUUAUACUGUGAUUAUGUUAAUAAUUGGUUCUGAAUUGCUGAAAAUUGGAUGGAAAAUAGUUUGGGAGAUGAUUACAUAUUGCGGAAAAAUUUCAUAAGUUAUAUUGUUAAAAUAUUGAAACUCAAUCCUUCAAAAUGUUGUCAACUGAUUCCCAAAAACGAAUGUUAUAUUAACAAUAGGGUUUUGUAUGAAAGGAAAUAUUUUACUCAAAGAGGUGUAUGUGUGUGGUCAGGAAAUAGGUUGACAAUCAUGUUGAGGGUUGACUUGUGAUGUUUUUUUGUAUGCAAAACCAAGUUAUGUCUGCAAGAAAUGAUGAAGUGAAGAACAUUGUUGUAAAGUUUUAAAUUAGGCUGAUUGUUAUGAUUGGUUAUCAACUUACUCAUCAUUUUCCUUGUGAAUGAAAUAAGUUUAUUAAUUAACUAACUACAAGGAAGUGAAACAGAAGAAAGGUAUAUUAUACAAAUUGAAACUA